UCAGCGGAGUUAAUGCUGGUAAACAAGCGCCUCGGCUUCGCCGCGCCGCCGCCGCCGCCGCUGCCACACUGGGGGCUCGCGCGCACGCACGCUCCCGAGGCCGCGCGUCCGCGCCCGCGCGCACCCUCGAGCGGCCACCGCCGCAGCCGCGGCGCGCCGAAGGGCCGGGCCGCUACCGGCGCGCGCUAAGAGCCGGAGCCCGGGUGCCCGGGGACGUGCGGAGCGGAGCCCGGGCGUUGGGGCGCGAGGCUGCGAGGCGCCGUCCCCGCCCCUCGCCCGCGCCUGCAGACGCGCGCACACACUCACACACACACACACAAACACGCGCGCGCACGCCCUCGCCCCCACCCGCACUGCGCCGGCCACCCCGCACGCGCCCUGCCUUCCCCUCCCGUAGGAUUCCAAAAACAAUGCCCCCGGCGCCGGCCCCGGCUGGGUGGAGGGGAGCGGAGAGAAGGGGAGGGGGCGGGAAGCGCGGGGCCCCGAGAGGUUCAUUGAAAACAACAGCGCGGCUGGAGAGCGCGUUUCCCUGGUUCUUGAAAAGCUUCAUUGUUUCUUGCAGCUGUUGCAAAAUAAAUAAAUAAGUGUGUGCAUGCGGCAUUUCUUCGCAGGGCGCUGGAAAGCUCGAACGUGGCGGGAGGGGACACACCUGGGAGAAAGGGGACCCCCUCCAGGCCACUACGGCGGGCACUUUCACGCAAUUCCCGGGGGCGGCUGUGGCGUCGUGGCCCGGGAAUCCCGAGGUCCGGGGUUCGCCAGGACCUGUGGGGAGGAAGGAGCGGCCCGGGAUAACGAGGGGAGAGCGGUGCCGACGGCGAGUCGGGGAAGGGGGGCGUCCAGACAGGGGGCCCCGCGUGCCUGGUGCGCGUCCCUGCGGCGGCCGCCAGGGGGCGCCGGGGAGGGCUUGCCCGCCGAGCGUCGCCUCCUUCCCUCCGGGGGAGGAAAUGUGGGGGCCCGGGCUUGGGGCCCGCCUGGGGCCGGCUGGCUGCGACGCUCUGGCCGGGCCUCCCCGCCCCGCGCGCUCCCCAUGGCCUGGUGCUGCUCGGGGCUCCACCACGUGGGCGGCUGCGAGGAGCGGCCGGGGCGCGCGCGCGGUGCUGGGUCGCGGGGACCCCGAGACUGGGGGGGCGUGUCCGAGGGGCCCCACCCCUCCCUGAGGUUGAGGUUGCCGGGGCCCCGGCUGCGGACAGGACGCGGUUCUUGGCUCCUCGGGUCGAGCUCGGUGAACACGCCGCACACACGCGGGAUCAGUGGCCACUGCGGAAACCUACCCGCACCUGCCUCGGGUCCUCCCGGGCACGUCCCUCUUGCUUCGUGUGCUACGUCACAACCAAGCAAGAUCUUGACGAUCCACAGAAGUCUGCUGCUCUGCGGUGUGGACACCACAACUCGAGAAUCAAAGUUCAUUUACAUUUGCCGUUGGAGGACUAUGGAUCAACCAGAGAACUGA